CUAUGGUCGUACGUAUCGAUAUGUCGCGUUUCUAGAGUUGCCCUUGAUUCCGUGUGUAAAAAAAUACUAUUUUUACGAAGUUUACAUGAUAAUAUCACAUAAAUUAUUGUGUCAGUUAUUAUAAUAAAAAACGAUAUAGUGUUGUGAAGUGUUUGAAACUAUAUAAACAAAUCUACAGUGUUAAAAUAGCGUAGCGUCACCUGACUGAGCUCAUUGUCAUUUCCCGCCAUUUGCUUUGCUAACUUUUAUUUCGAUUUAUAGUUUUAAUUGAACAGUGUUCAUAUGGAAUAAUUACUUUUUGUCAUAAUUGUGCUCAAGUAAUGUCAUUAGAUAGUAAUGAUGUUUGUUUGCUAGAACUGGAAGAUUAUAACUUGUACGAGGAAGACGCACCCGAUCACGCUAUCACAAGAAGUGAAAAACAUACAUUAUCUGGUGGCAAAACAAUGGAGGCAGAGAAGAGAAUUAGGCGAGAGAUUGCAAACAGCAAUGAACGCAGGCGCAUGCAGAGCAUCAAUGCUGGCUUCCAGGCACUACGAACAUUGUUACCCCGACAUGAAGGAGAAAAACUUAGCAAAGCUGCCAUUCUACAACAAACAGCAGAAUACAUCUAUUCAUUGGAACAAGAAAAAACAAGGUUAUUAUCUCAAAACUGUCAAUUGAAGAGAUUGCUAAACCAACAUGAAGGAGGUGAAAUACCUUUGAAGAAAAGGAAAAGUGAAAUUAUUGCACAUGUUCCCUCAAUUAUUCCUGACUCUACAGAUGAUACCAUAACAAACACAAGAUCUCCUGAGCCUGUAGCUGUGAUAACAGUGUCAAGUAUGCCCCAAAAGAAAGAUCCAGAGAAUGGAGAGCUCUUGGUUCAGUUAGAACGAGAGAGACAGCUUAGACGCUUGUUGGAGGAACGCUUAAGUGCCCUUGAAGUUCAAAUAUACCCUGAAGCUCCAAGAGAGGUUGCACAUACUGUGGUACACUAUGAGCAAACAGAUGUUGCGGAUUGUAAAAUUGAAACUAAGGAGGCAGAACCACAAGUAGUGGAAACUAUAACUACUGCACCUUUAUUGGAAGCUGCUAUUAAAGCAGAGCCUCGAGUGGAAGUAGAGGUUCUUCCUGAUGCAUCUCAUGACCCACCUUCGAGAUUAUACCUUGCCAGUACAAGUCGUCAAAAUCUCGAAACAAUAGUCGAAGCCAUACGCCACUUGGAGGGUGAUCACUUAUUUCGAGAGGAGUCCGGUGACGCGCCACUCGCGCUCACUAAGAAAGCAGAAAUUACGCCCCCACAGAGACCGGGAGUUAUUGUAGUGAAGCAUUCGUGAGUGGAUUGAACUAGUCUGUUGGGCUUAAUUUUUGCUUCCAGUGGAAGAGUACUCCUUACCCUCCUCGAAUAUUAUUAGCUAUUAGUUUUAUAGUUGUUUAGUUGUCUUUCCAAAGUGACAAAUUGAUAAGUCUGUGUUUUGUUUAUUUUUUUUACAUUGAAAGUCAAGAAGAAUGGAAGAGUGGAAAGAGAGGAAUGUAUUGAGACAUAGAUCGGCGCUGUGCUUAGUUUAGUUUCAAAUAUUUGGAUAAUAUUUGAAAUGUUUAUUGCAGGCUUAUUGUAAUAAUUGUUAGAUAGAAGAUUGACUGAUUUAUGUAAGUUUAUUGGAACAUUAGACACAAGAUUGCCGCGUGCCAAUAUGUCCAUUUCAAAAAAUUAGCCAAUAGUGUUGAAUAUUAUUAUUCUAAAUAGCUUAUGUAAUUAUAAAUUUGAAUGAUAUAUCACGAUAGCAAUAAUAUAAUGGGAUUUAAGAGUGAAACGUGUUUAUAAAGCUCCAUUUAAAUAUCCAAGCAUUAUAAGUAACAAUUAUACAAUAUAGGCAUGCGGCACAGCAGUUCUCAUUUUUGUAAUGUAGUAAAAAUUUACCGUUAAAUAUACACUGUUUUUAGGUAUAAUGUAAAUUUGUUUUGAAUCUAAAUUUUCACAUCCCCAGUUGUGAGUAUAGUUGACACCAGUGAUUUUUGUAUAAGUACGAAAAUUUAUAGUGACUUUGCUAUCCUUUUCAGUGAAGCAUUCCAUGUUGAUGCUACCAGUGUAUAUAAGAAUAUAAUUUAUAAAAUCUUUUCAAUAUUCUUAUUUCUAUUUCUCAACUAAAACAACACAAUUGAUUAAACAUGUAUGGUAAUAUUUCGUUUGCUUUAAAUUCUGACAUAAAUAAAUUGGCAGUGUGCUGAAACUUUCGGUUGGUUGCGCACAUAGAGUAAUUGUAGCCGCAGUAAAAGAUUUGGCUUAGAAUAAUGUAAGAUGAUUUAAUCAUCAAUUGUAAUCUGAAAAAUAAUGUCAAACUUAUUUCUUACUUUCGUAGUGUUAAGAUUCGUGGGUUGCUCAAUCCAUGAUAUACCUAGCUAAUAAAAUCGGAAAUGAUUUUAUCAUUUGCUUAUAUGUGCUGUAAUUUUUUCAUUGAAAUUUAACCAGCAGUGCUUUUUGUUAGUAAUUUCAAUUAAUUCUUGUAAGUUUUAAAUGUAUUUUGUUUUAAGUUAGACUCAGUAACAGAGUGAUGUACAAUGUAUUAUGUAAAAGUAGCAUGGUCCUGUUGACGGGAUCAUAAGAAUUUGUUAAGACUGAUCAUUAAUUCAUUAUUAAGUUACGCUAGUUCGAUCCACCAUGUUGAUAGUAUAAUGUGUGUGUAUGUGUGUGUUUAAUUACGUAGUUGUUUGCGUAUACAAAGCUAAAUAAAUACCAUUUGUAUGUGAGGAUCCAUCAAUGUUACAGAGAUUUCUCGUUUUCAAUUUACAAUCUGUUUCAACACUCGAAAGUAAAUUAUUAUAAAUAGUCUAAAGUAAUCUCUUUAGCUCUGAUGGAUUGGUUAUUUUAUAAUUUGUGUAUAUAACAUAUUGGCUGUUAUUUGUUUUUGCAUUUGAUUUUGAACUGCUUUCAAACUCAGAAGUAUUUUUAUGUCCAAGAAGAUAUGUUCAUAAUUGAAAUAAGGCUGUGCAUACAUUGUAGUAUGCUGUUGCAAUCUCCUCACUGUCUAGUUGGGAACUAAUUAUUUGCACUCUGUUCCUGAGUCCAUAGUUAUAAGGAGUCGUCUGCCUACCGCCUUUACAUUAUUUCAUUAUAAGGUAAAUAAUUAACAAUGUAACAUAACGGACUUGGUUAUACUAUUAGUGUAGUCAAAAUAUCUAGAUGUAAGAGAUUUUAAGUCAAAGAAAGCAAGUUAAAUUGUUUAAAAUGUGUUAUUAUUUAUGUCUUAAAGUAUUAAAAUGGUUAUUUCUUAUUAAUUAGUUUGUAAAUGAUAAUAAUCAGUAUAUUCUCACGCUUUCCUUUGAACGACGUUAAAACCAAUAAAUAAAAGAUCCGGUUUUAAAAUGGCAUUUAUUCAAUAACAAUCUCAAAAUUUAUUUAUUAUGAGUAACAUUUGAAUAGUUACAAUAAUUAUAGACUUUCGCUUGUAAAUUUUAAAUAAUAAAAUUUUGAAAUCUUGGAAUACAGUAAAUCUAUCUUGAUUUUUCUUUUGUUGGUUUUACACUAUAUCAUGAAAUAUAUAUAUAAAUUUUUCUACACUCUAUCGCAUGUUUGAUGUUUCAAUAUUUAAGAUAAUCCAUUGUAUUGAAUUAAAAUCAUAGUACAUAAACACUUACGCAAUUUGUUUAACGUUUGAAGUAUAGAGGGUUUGGUUAAAAUAGAUGAUUAUGUUAAGAAUAUUAUUUCAGUUUAGCGAGUCUUUCUUAGUUAGAGAUAGGGGGAAAAUACCUAAUGUAAAUACACAAACCCGCAGUUUUAUACAUUUUGUUUUAUAUCAAACUCGCCAUUAUAUUUUCACUCUAUCGCUAACAGACUCAGUUCCUACGCAUUAUAGAUAGUAAUUAUGUAAUAAUUUUACAGUUCGUAUUUAGAAUACUAAUGAUAAAGUGUAGAAAACGAUGCAUGAAUAUUUCCUUUUUGAUAUGAAGUUGAUAAAAAAUAUUUCCUCUGAUUUAAAUUGUACAACAUUUGACCUACAUUUACGAAUAUUUAUAAAAUAUUGAUA